GGUAUAUGUAAGGUGUAAUGUAAUGUCUAAAGAUAUAAAAUUGUGCAUUUUAUUUGUUUACGAAAAAAAUUGAACAAAAUUUGUGAGUUUAUGUUGUAAUAUGUGCAUAUCCGCCAUUAAGGUAUAUUAAAAAACAAUUGAAUGUGAAAAAUCGAUAUAUUGACCUUUUAUUUUCUUGACCUGGGUUAAGUUAUCCAUGUUUGGUUUAAAGCAAAAUAGAACGCAAAUAUUUUUUAAGUACCUUUAUUUUUAUAUUACAAAGUGGUAGAAUGGAGCGAGUGAACCAUAUUGUAGCAAGGACUUUGCUUUGGGUUAUUCUAUUCAUAGUUUUUCAAGAUUAUCAGAUCAAAGCUGCUGUAAUAAACAGCGGUGCCUUAGUCACCUCAAAAUGCGAAUUUUAUAAUAGGACCCACUGUUCUGGCCCAAAUUGUCAAGAAAUUGAGGAAUGUGAAGCCCCUGGUGAAAAGAAACGUAACCAUUGUUAUGUUGCUUGGGAGAUCAAUGAUAAAGGAAAACCAGAAGUACUCCUUAAAGGUUGUUUUUUAAAUUUAAUCACCUGUUACGAUCAAGCUGAAUGUGUGGAGAAAUCCUACAAAAGUAAAAAACCAUUUUUUUGUUGCUGUGAAGGAAAUUUAUGUAAUGCUAAUUUUACGUAUGACCCAGCUCCAACUGAACCACCUACACCAAGCACUGAGAUGCCCCCACCAGCACAACAAAUGUGGGUUCCUGUAGGAAUAACUUUGGUUGUUUUUUUUGUUACCACUGUGGUUAUCAUAAUUUUUGUCUUUCUUUGCCUAAAGAGGCAUAAACAUUACUUUAGUGGGUUACCAACAUCUGAACCUAAUAUGUUACCACCACCAUCACCGUUUUUGGACAAUAGGCCAAUACAGCUUAUUGAAAUUAAAGCUAGAGGUCGAUUUGGUGCUGUCUGGAAAGCCCAAUUUAAAACUGAAGAAGUUGCAGUUAAAAUAUUUCCAAUUCAAGAUAAACAAUCUUGGCAAACCGAACAGGAAAUAUUUAAGUUACCUUACAUGAAUCAUCCCAAUAUUUUGCAUUACAUUGGUGUGGAAAAACACGGAGAAAAUUUGCAGGCCGAGUUCUGGUUAAUCACCGCCUACCACGACCGUGGCUCACUAUGCGAUUUUCUUAAAGCACACACUUUGACCUGGUCUGAAUUAUGCCGUGUUGCCGAAACUAUGUCGAAAGGUUUAAUGCAUUUACACGAAGCCAUCCCGAACGAACCUAUAAAACCCGCUGUGGCGCACAGAGAUUUCAAGAGCAAGAAUGUUUUGCUGAAAAGCGAUUUGACAGCUUGCAUAGCCGACUUUGGUUUGGCGAUUGUUUUCGAGGCGGGAAAAUCUUGCGGUGACACUCAUGGACAAGUAGGAACAAGAAGAUAUAUGGCACCGGAAGUCCUAGAAGGUGCAAUUAAUUUUACUCCCGACGCAUUUUUGAGAAUCGACAUGUACGCCUGCGGCCUGGUUCUGUGGGAGUUAGUUUCCCGUUGCACGGCACAAGAGUGCACCGUUCCCGAAUACAGAUUACCGUUUGAAGAAGAAGUGGGACAGCAUCCCACCUUGGAAGACAUGCAGGAGUCUGUAGUACAAGGAAAAGUCAGACCCACAAUACCCGACCAUUGGAGAAGACACCCAGGAUUGGCAGCUAUGUGUGACACGAUGGAAGAGUGUUGGGACCACGACGCCGAGGCGCGUCUGUCGGCGUCUUGCGUGAUGGAAAGGGUGGUCCAUCAGAACAAGUAUCAACCAUCCACAUUGGCACGUCUUAUAGAAAACACGACGCCCCCGCCAUUGAUUAAGGAAAACAGCAUGUAGGACUUAAUAUACAGCUGGAUAUGAUAGAUCCGUACCUGCAUUGCUAUAGCAGUACCUGCUCAAAAAGCAGUGUCUUAGUUACCACACUUGCCUACAACCACAUUCAACAAACAUACAAUAGAGAAUUACAAAAAAACGUCUAUUUUCUGUAUUUGUUUAACUAAAAUACGACCUGUUAUUAUAAUUAUAAUCUAAAAAUCCAUUUAUAACCAACAUAUACAAAGCAUUAUGCAACAAACAAACUAAGGAAGUACCAAAUUUGUUAUGGAGAUUUUCUCAAGUUUUAGUAAAUGCAUUAGGAAUAAUGCUUAUUUAUUUAAAACAUGAGCAAACAAAGUAACAGGUUUAUUACUGCUUAGUGCAAUUUAUCCUACCAAUGUGCCAAUAGACAGUAAAAAACAAAAUAGUUAAUUUUCAUAAAAUGUUUAUAACCAUAAAGCUACAGUGAAGUGUGGGGUCAAGACGAU